CUACGAGAUUGAAGUCACAAAGGCGUGAGUGGUUGAUGAUGGAUAACGCCAUAACGGAACACACGGAACACACGUCUCCUCAGAGGAAGAAAGCGACACCGGCAUGCGAAAAAUGCCGUGUCCUCAAGGUGAAAUGUGUUCAAUCCGGAGAGGGACAGCCUUGUACUAAAUGUGCCAGAUCAAACUCUCAAUGUGUUUUUCCAGCGCCCAGACAGCGACCUCGAGUUUUACAACGAGCGAAACCGCGUCUGAUUGAUCUUGAAUCCAAACUCACCAAUAUCAUCGGGCUGCUUUCGCGGUCGAAGGGUCCCGUGGCCGAAAUGCCAUCCCCGCUUGAUGAGAAUUCCGGACCGCCUGCCAUGCCCGAAUAUCCCGAUGACAGGCCGGGCCAAACAGUCGAGUGGAUGAGCGAAGCCUUUCUUCCUGAUUCUGCAAUGACUGCCGGCCCGAAGUCAAGCGAGGACCAGAAUGCCCUAGAAUCUCCGCGGGACGCACCCACUGCCAUAGACACCGCGUGGAUCACCAACACAGGACUCAACCCCGUCGUCCUCGAGCAUCUGCUGGACAGAUUCCGCGGCAUGGCGUCCUAUUUUCCAUUCGUGCAGCUUCCAUGCGCCUGUACUGCUGCAUCAAUGGCUGAAAGUCGCCCGUUCCUGUUGCUUGCCGCUGUUGGUGUCGCCUCGUCGGAUUACUGUCAUCUCCAACACGCUCUCAUCGGACAAUUCAAGCGAUCCCUGAGCGAGCGGGCUAUCCUAGCUGGCGAGAAGAAUCUAGACCUGCUGCAGGGAUUACUUGUCCAUCUUGCCUGGUUCCAUUUCUCCUUUAUCCCAGGAAGCCAGCAAGCAUACCAGUACCUGCAAAUUGCAAUCAGCAUGGUCAUCGAUCUGCGACUCGAUCAAGAGACUGCCGACGUGGUUGAGCAACGAAAUGAACUCACCGAUGUCUAUGCUCGGGAUGCAUGCCGUGCUUAUCUGGGCUGCUAUUACAUGUCGAGCAUAAUAGCAAUGUCCUCGGGAAAGCCCAACAAUCUCCGAUUCCACAAGGACAUGCUCCGAUGCGCGAAGAUGCUGCACCAGGAACCAGAACCGGAAUUUGAGACUGACCACUUGAUAUAUCCGAUAACACAGGUAUUACAGUUUAAUGAGGACGUGUGUGAGACUCAUCGGUCAGAAGGAAUCUAUAGCCCCCGCUUGUACAUCUAUGCUGAACGAUUCACAACGCGGCUAGAAGAAUGGUGGUCGUCUCUCUCAACGGAAGUUCGCAACAACGUGUUGCUGAUUGACCGCUAUUAUGCCGUCAAGAUUCGCAUUGAAGAGAUGGGCUUGGUAUAUUGCUACGGGCAGAGAAGACCGCCGUCUCGAAUGGCACAGAGAGAGUUGACCAUCUUGUCUGCACAUCCAAUGGUCAUCAGUCACUUGACUGAUUGUGUGAGUUCCGCCAAAGACUAUCUCGAUAUCUUUUGCGCCCUUCCGGCUGCGGCGCAACGUCGCUUGCCAUUUUCUACCUGGUAUCAGGUUGUUCUGGCGGUCUUUGUGCUCUACAGGCUGUCCGUGGGACUGCCCGAAGUACCGCAGUGGAACGUUGACAUCGCACGGGAAACGGUGGAUCUACAAGAAUACACCGAUCAACUUCUGUCUCAUCUGCAGGGUAUCGCGCCUUUGUCGGACCGACAGAUACCCACCACGAGUCUCUUUUCGAGGAUGCCCGAGAUCAUGCAAAGUGUAAGAACUUCUUACGCGUUGGCGAAGGAGAAUGGCGCACCAGUUCGGGACAGCCGCCAUGCGCACCACGACCUCGCGUCUGUGAAUCGCACAGCCUCCUCUACUCCAAGGUUGCACCGCUGCCCGGCCGUGCGGUAUUCUAGCCGUUCCGUCGCCCCGGAGCUUGAUCUACCUACACUGCAGAGCGCGAUUGCUACGGAAGUCCGGAGCAUCGAAGAUGAGAAGCUAUGGGGCGAUCUAUUCCUGAUGGAUACACUUUCUAGCAUGACAGGUUCAUCCUCGAUCGGAUUGUGACAGGUGAUCCAUGCUCCAGACGUCCAGUCUGCACGGCUUCGGUUCAGCAUCGCACCACCUCAGACCUCAUCGGGGAAGACAUGGGUGGAGAUCUUGUUUCCAGUCGAGUCGUAUCGCUGCGGUAGGACGUUGAAGAGUCCGUCCACAUCGCGUGGUUCGAAAUCCAGCGACAAUGCCGCCUGAGUGAGCAGGUCCAGCCCAUAAGUCUCUCUGAUCCAGUGGGCGACCAUGUCCAUUCCCGCCACCGCUCCGCUCCCUGUCCAAAUGUUGCCGUCCACAAUCCACUUCUUCUCCUUAGUCCACUUGACCUUCGGGUAUCGCUUCUUAAUCCAG